AUGGCUCGGAAGUUCGACAUCCUCCAAAGCUUGGUUCUCCUGCAGGUGCUGUGCCUGUCACUAGCUCAAGUGGGUCAAAAGGGAGAUCCAAGCCAGCCAGGACCAGACGGGCCUCCUGGAGAGGACGGAAUUGAUGGGCUGAUUGGAGGAAAAGGUGAAAGGGGGCCCAUUGGAAAUCCUGGACCAAAGGGUAAACCAGGCCCUACUGGCCCAGCAGGAUCAGCCGGAUCUGGACUUCCUGGACUGCCUGGGCCAGCAGGACCAAUUGGGCUUCCAGGAGAGAUGGGACUCACUGCACCGAAGGGAGUUAUGGGAUCCCCUGGAUCACCAGGAUUGCCAGGACCUUCAGGAAAACCUGGGCCACCCGGAAAGUUCUUGGGUUCAGAAGAAGGCAGUGCUGAUUUCCAGUGUCCCACUAACUGUCCACCUGGGCCUAAAGGUCCUCAAGGAAUAAUGGGGGUGAAGGGUCACAAGGGUCGUGCUGGUAUUCUGGGAGCUCCAGGAAGCAUUGGAAGGAUGGGUGCAAAAGGAGAGUAUGGAAUCUCUGGUGAGCAAGGAAUACCAGGCCCUCCAGGCCCACAGGGUUUGAGAGGCUACCCAGGAAUGGUUGGACCUAAAGGGGGAACAGGUCCUCAAGGUUACAAAGGCAUUACCGGACCCAUCGGCCUUCCUGGAGUCCCUGGUAAAGAGGGACCCAGAGGUCCUCCCGGAGACGCUGGGGAUAAAGGUGAUACUGGUGGACAAGGCAUUAAAGGACCACAAGGAGUGGUGGGAAAGAAAGGCGAGAAUGGUCUGCCAGGGAUUGAUGGCAAAGAUGGUACGCCUGGUAUCCCAGGAAUAAAGGGAGCUUCAGGACAGAAUGGCAGACCUGGUCCACCUGGCCACCAGGGGGCAGCAGGUUUGCCUGGCAGCCCUGGCCUCAAAGGCGCUGUGGGUGACAAGGGUGAAUCAGGACCCAGAGGAUUGUCAGGAAUGCCUGGUGCUCCAGGUCCUCAGGGUGAACCUGGUCCUCCUGGUGAAGCUGGUAUGGAGGGAGUUCCAGGGCCAAAGGGUGACAGGGGUGAGAGAGGACCUGUUGGACCACAGGGAAUCGCUGGCGGGCCUGGAAAUAAUGGCGAACGAGGGCCAAUGGGUAUACCAGGAGCUCAGGGUCUUCCUGGAACCAAGGGUGACAAGGGAUUCCAAGGCAAAGUGGGACCAAAGGGAGACUUUGGUGAUCCAGGAGUAGAGGGAUUGGCUGGAGAGAAGGGAGAGAAGGGACAGUCUGGUGAACCUGGACCUAAGGGACAGCAAGGAGUAAGAGGUGAACAAGGACACAACGGUCCUACCGGAGACCCUGGCAAACCAGGAGACAAGGGUCCCACAGGUCUUUCCGGCCCCCGAGGUCUCAGUGGAGUGAGAGGUGCACCAGGCAUGCCGGGGAUACAAGGAGCGACUGGUCCCGAUGCCACAGAUCAGCACAUUAUUGAGGUUGUCCUGAAGAUGCUGCAAGAGAGGUUAGCUGCUUUAGCAGUGAGCGCCAAAAGGGGAGCACUGGGAGGAGCUGGAAUGAUGGGACCACCAGGCCCACCAGGACCUCCUGGGCCUUCAGGACCUCAGGGAGUUCACGGCCUUACAGGUGCCCGCGGCAUUCCAGGCACGAUUGGAGCACCAGGCCAAAUAGGAAACUCAGGUCUUAAAGGAAAAAGAGGUGCAAAGGGAGAAAGAGGAGAUGCUGGACGACCUCACCCGGGUCUACCAGGACCACCCGGCCUUCCAGGUCCUCCAGGUCUGGAUGGAGUGGCACGGGAUGGCAAGCCAGGUGAAAGAGGGCCACAAGGUUCAGCAGGCCAGCCUGGCCAUCCUGGAAAAGCAGGUCAUCCCGGCCUACCUGGUUUCUGUGAAAUGGCAGCAUGCUUGGCAUCCUCAGCCUACACCUCUCCACGACUCCAGGAGGCUGGCACAGUCAAGGGACCAUCCACUUAA